GUACCGAGCGCCGAACUCUCAGUUCUACUACCUAUUCGCUUUGAUCGGCCUCUUAAGAUAUAAACACUAGAAACGAUAUAUAAAGCCCUUGCAACCCUUAAGCUUGUAUUCUCUGAUUGAAGUCUUACUCCGAGAGCUUUUUCAAAUUCUUCCCUCACUGGCGCAACCAUUCUACCUAUGCGAUCAUAACGGUGAUGACGCAAUCUCGAGCUUUAUGAUUAUUAGUUAACCAUUCCAUAUUCCAUAUUAGCGAGAUUACCUGCUCGAACCGUCUAUCAAUCAACUUUGUCAACUUUGACCCGAGAUUGUCUGGGAGAUAGCCAACUCGGCCGUAUUAACUUGGCCGAAAUAACACCAUGGUCGCACGAAAGCCGCUUCCUGACAGUUCCUCGGCGAACACCAAUACACCUCCACCCGCGGUUAGCAUACAAGGUGUAAGACAGGAACUGUGGCCUCCUAGCGAUUCCGAAUCAGAAUCAGCCAGAGCGUGGGCGAGGGAGGAUCCCGUAAUAUCUCACCACAGUGACACAAACCCUGCGGCUUCGGGGAGCCAUAAUACAUCACAGGAUAUACCCCACGCCCUUCAACCUGGAGCUACCUAUCGUCCUGACGAAGCAAAUCCCUGGGAUGAUCGCGAUAAAAAUAACGGCGCCGAUCCUGUAACAGAGCCUAAAGUUAAACUAGAUGAAAUGCCAAAAGCUCUGUGGCCAGGAGGUACGCGAUUCGAAACGAAUCCUUUCAAACGGAAGCCAGUGCAGGCCAACCCGGCUAUUCAAGAUAAUCAAGAUAGCCAAGAAUCAUCGGCAACGUCUGCGAAUCCUCCUUCGGCGCCCCCACUUACUUCUGUGCCCACAGGCGCAUUAUCUCAACUACACAUUUCCGAACCCGAAACGAAUACAAAUCCCUGGCAGCCGGCGCUUGGUGAUUCUAGGCCCUCUAAUCCUUUACAGCCAGUACCGCCCCUACCCGAUCAGGAGUCUAAGAGCAAUGUGUGGGACUCGGGUUUGCCUUCGAGAGAGACUUCUACAGGACCUGUGUCAAAUUCCCCCGCCCUACUGCCUUUACAUACUGGGGGGGAAUCUCAACCAUGGGUAGAUACGUCUCCAAAUCCUCCGCUACAACCAAUGCCAGAGAGGUCCCGAGAGGCGGAAGAAAUGCUCGAUGACCAGCAUGCCUGGGAUGAUCUUGGGCCUAGUAAUAAGGGUAAACAACCGGAGUUACAAGGGUCACACGUACACUCAGAGACCGUCGACGGCUGGAAUCUAAUUGACCAUGAGCCAAUACCAGAACCGGGCCCGGGGACUCUAUCCAAGCAAAGUACUUGGGAGAACUUCAUGGAUGCAGAUGGCGAAAGACCAAAGGAAGAAACGGCUCCUACGACGACAGCUCCUCUAAGGGUAACUGCUACAGAGGUGCCACCGAUGUUACCACCGCGGCGAGCGUCGACCGAAGUACCGCCACCACAGCCACCCAGAAAGCAGUCACCAGGCGCUACAAAUAAAUCGGAAACAUACCAGAUUAAAAAUAUCAACUGGAUUGAUGCUACGGCGGCUAAGAAUCCUCGUAGGUCGCCUAUACUUGUACAAAACGCUAAUGGCCCUUGUCCUCUGGUUGCGCUCGUGAAUGCGCUUACCCUGACGACGCCUGCUAACCAGACGAAUUCGAAUCUUGUCGAGACUCUAAGAUCUCGCGAACAAAUUAGUUUGAAUUUCCUCCUUGAAGCUGUGGUCGAUGAGCUUAUGACCCACCGACAUACCAACCCGGAGGUGUCCUUGCCAGAUAUGACGGAACUAUAUGCAUUUCUUAAAGGUCUCCACACCGGUAUGAACGUCAAUCCACGGUUUAUCCCGAGUUCUGAGUCUUCUCCCUUGCAUAUCCAAAAAUCAACCCACGAAAAUCUUACCCCAGGGACCUUUGAAAAUACGCGAGACAUGAGGCUCUAUGCUACGUUUUCCAUCCCCUUGAUACACGGCUGGUUACCACCGAAGGAUGACCCGGUAUACGAUUCCUUCACCAGACAAGCAUCUUCAUACGAUGAUGCGCAGAGCAUAUUGUUUCGAGAAGAAGAACUCGAAGACAAGCUCAGCAAUUCCGAGAUGGGCCUGACUGAGCAGGAGCAGCAGCUGUACCAAGACAUCAUCAUCAUAAAAUCUUUUCUUAGUACCUCGGCAACACAACUCACUCCAUGGGGCCUCGAGGUGAUUACAAAAGCUAUUCGACCUGGGACGGUGUCAAUCCUGUUUCGGAAUGACCACUUUUCUACUCUAUACCGACAUCCCCAGACGAAAAGAUUAUUUACCUUGGUAACAGAUGCAGGGUAUUAUACACACGAUGAGAUCGUUUGGGAGUCACUAGUAGAUGUCCGCGGCGAACGGACUGAGUUUUUUUCCGGCGAUUUCCGCAUAGUUGGAGGGCCUCAGCACCAACGAUCAUCCGGAAGUAUUACAGGUGCCUGGAAUGGAGAGGGAGGCUCAAGUAGCAAUUCUCACGGGAACGGAUGGCAAACAGUUAGUAAUCGGCGAUCACGGAAUAGCCGGGUUAGCGAACCGGAUCCUAGCACGUCUGUUUCACCGAAACAUGAGCAGGAAGAUCGAGAUUUGGCUUUAGCUUUACAGUUACAAGAAGAAGAAGAGGAACGACAUCGCGCAGAACAAGCAGCUCGCCGUCGUGAGAGUCAACUGUCUGAGCAAUUUAUCGAGCAGCAAGGCCGGCAAGGUGCCCCAACCCGCGGAGGUCACAAUCAACGUGGUUCUAUUGCUAGGGGCAGCAAUGCUCCAUUGCCGCCAGCUAGGACUAGCUCGGCUAACCAAUCAACAAGCACGGUGGCGAGUCGAGGAAGGCCGGUACAGCAAGUUAGGUCCUUAAUUCCGCCGGCUUCGACAACCCACCGGCCCGGAGAUGAACACGCGGACGAUGCACCACCAAGUUAUGAGCAAGCUUCCAAGUCGACCCCGUACGUGCCACCCGCAGGGCAUCCGAGCCAUCCAGAGAGUAGUCCAAGUAGUCCGAGCGCAACUCCUAGAGGAAGAUCUGCAUUGAGUGGGCAGAACAGCGCUGGACCUAGUACACCAGGGAGGAGACGCCAGAGUACACCCCCUGUUCCUACUGGAAAUACCUCCUCGGCAGGAGGGGGCAAAGAAAAAGAAAAAGAGUGUAAAAUGAUGUAAUGAGAUGCCAUCAUGCUACACACACUUAACUUGCUUUACACUGCGAUAGGAUUACAUGGUUAUUAGAUACGGUGUUUGUUGGUUAUGGGCUACACGUGGCCUUGUGGGAAUCAUAGGUUAUGGGAAUUGUAUUAUUAAGGGAAUUAGCAGAGUACCGGUCAUUUUCUGACGAGUUUACGCAGGGAAUAUAUGAUUAUAUCCUCAUUCA